AUGGCACUCCCUGAGGACUUGCCUGCUCAUGCAGAAUAUCAGACUCGCUUGCCCGACUCAAUUCCUGUCUUGAUUGUUGGCGGUGGCCCGGUCGGUCUCUUGCAAUCGUUGCUUUUGUCCCGCCUCGGAGUUCGGUCUUUGAUCAUCGAACGGUACCCCAAGCGUUUGGCAGCACCCAAGGCACAUGCGAUCAACCCGCGCUCCCUAGAAAUUUUACGUCAAUAUGGCCUGGGAGAGAAAAAGAUUCGAAAACUUGGAACCUCGCGCGCCGAUGCAUUUUGGGUCAAUUUUAUCACAAAUCUCAGUGGCGAUGCCGUGGGAAGGUUGCCUUACGAGCGCAUGGAUCCUGCUGUGCUGGAUGAUACUCCAGAGAUGAUCCACAAUAUUCCACAGCCAGUACUGGAGCAAGAGCUAAUGAACCUCAUUGACGAAGACCCGAAUAUCACCUUAUAUAAGGGAUUCAGUAUCCAUUCUAUAGAACAGACAGACGACCAUGUCCUGGCUACUGUGGAGGAGUAUGCGUCCAGCUACCUACAUUCAAUUCGGUCCCGGCAUCUCGUUGCAUGUGAUGGACGCAAAAGCAAAGUUCGCGCGCUUCUAGGUAUCCCUUCCAAGGGCGAGGAUUCUGACCAGACUAUGAUGACCAUUCACUUCAAGGCCCAUUUGCGGCCCGUGGUUGGUGACCGUGUCGGCAUGUUGUUCUGGAUUAUGGACCCAAUCGGGGCGGGAUUCAUUAUUGGCUAUGACCUUGACGGCACUCAAGUUCAUAUUAGCCAAGUAGAUGUGACCAAGCAGCCCGUUGAUUCCUGGACAGACGAAAUGUGUCGGUCCAAGAUCCGCGCCGCUAUCGGCCAGGAUAUCCCUUUUGAUAUCCAGAGCGUUAGCCCUUGGGUGUUCAGGCGUCAGACCGCAGAGACCUUUCAGAAAGGCAAUGUGUUCCUCGCUGGAGAUGCGGCCCAUUCAUUUCCUCCAACAGGUGGACUCGGAUUGAACUGUGGAAUUUCAGACGUCCAUAAUCUUGCCUAUAGACUUGCACUUGUCCACCUGAACGUGGCUAGCUCAUCUAUACUUUCUACAUAUACAGCUGAGCGUAUGGGCGUGGCUGAUAUAUACUCGAGGCAGAGUGUCAAGAACGGCAAACAGAUUUUCUCGUUGUUGCAGAGCCUUAAUACAGUGAGUAUUGAUGAUGCCGACCAGAAACGCCGCAACAUGAUUGCGGCAUUGAAAGAUCCAGUGCAACGGUCAAAAGUGGAAGAAGGGAUUGAAGGGCAAAGGGAGCAUUUCGACAAUCUGGAGUUGCAUAUUGGGUACGUUUAUGGAGCUGGUCAGCCGCCUCCACAUGCCUCACACUAUUCUCCAAAGUUCAUAACCGGAGCUCGUCUCCCUCACGCUUGGAUUUCUUUCCCAGGUCAUAUUUAUAAAAUGAGGCAAACUGCAUCAUGUUUAUCACUGCCAUCCGCGCCCGUUGAUGUAUCCUACGUGACUGAGUUGAACGAAGACCAGAUCCGGGAAUGCCAAUGGAGUACCCUAGAUCUUUGCGCACCUAAUGCAUUCACCCUAAUUCUGGGCACCGAGGAUACCCAACUAGUCUCUCAACUUGCCCAUAUUCGAGAGUACUGCCGAGUGAUGGGGGUUGCCUUUAAUUCCUGGCGCCUUGGUACGGAGUUUAACAUAGUGAGACAAAGGUGGUUUUCUACAGAGUUGAACAAUUCAGGAGUGCUAGUUCGCCCCGAUCAACAUAUCAUGAUCAAAGUCACCGAAGAGACGACUGGGGACAAGCUUAUCGCGAUAUUGAGCAGCCACCUUGGAAAAUAG